UUUACCAUAAACAUUCCCAAGCUUGCCUUCGGACCUGUGCGCCAGCGUGCUAUUCGUGAGAUAUCUAGACGUAUCAUGGGAGAUAUGCUUUGGAAUAGUAUUAACCUCCUCCGUAGGGUCUGAUGGAUAUGUCGCAAUGAGGAAUAUGACUGAGUUGAGUGUUGAUUUGACCGGACCGGGCUAUGGGGAGAUCGGUGCGCGUGAUUUGACGGUCCCGGAAUUCUCUCUCGUAGAUGUGGCUCAGUCGGCUUGGGGUUGGUCUCUGGUCAUCUUCGUGGUGGUGAUCUCGGCCUCUAUGAUAAGAAUGAUUUCUGGUUGGCUGGUGGGUAUGCUUCUCCAUAAGUCGUUAUUGAGAGAACAGGGAAGGAUUAGAAGACUCUGAUGACAUAUGAUUUCAAUACUAUGUUAGUGGUCACGCCAUACAUGAACAGGAGAAUAUAAGCACGUUGUAAGAUACCUAUGACAUAGCAGUGGGUCC